AUGGCCAAAGAAGUACUUAAAACCCAUGAUCUCACUUUCAGUAGCAGGCCUGAAUUUCUUAGCCUUCAAAAAUUAUCCUACAAUGGCUUGGAUGUAGCUUUCGCGCAUUACGGCGAAUCUUGGAGGGAAACUAGGAAAAUCUGUGUUCAUCAUCUCUUGAGCAAUAAACAAGUGCAAUCCUUUACACCGGUUCGGGAAGAUGAAGUUCUUAGUAUGAUCAGGAGGAUAUCGGAUUUGGCGCAUUCAAAUCAUGAUAAUCUCACUAACCUAAGUGAAAUAGUAUUGUCUUUCACAAGCAGUUUAAUCUGUAGAAUUGCUUUUGGAAAGAAGUUUGAUGAUCAGGAAGGAUCAGAAGUUAAGAAAUUCGAUGAACUUAUGUAUGAAGCUCAGGCUAUGCAGGGUGGGUUAUUUGUUUCUGAUUACUUACCUUCAUUCAGUUGGGUGGAUAAACUCUCUGGUAUGGCAACUCGACUUGAGAAGACAUUCCAAAACUUGGAUUCGUUCUAUCAAGAACUCAUCGACGAGCACCUGAAGCCUAACAGGUCAAAAUCGAUGAAUAAGGAUAUUCUUGAUCUCUUGAUCCAGCUAAAAGAACAACAAUCAAGUUCACUGGAGCUCACCCUGGAUCAUAUAAAAGCAGUACUCAUGAAUAUAUUUGUUGCUGGAACGGACACGAGUGCAGCAACGAUAAUUUGGGCACUGGCAGUCCUGAUAAAGACUCCAAACGCGAUGAAGAAAAUUACUGGUCAAGCAACAGGAAGAAGAGCUAUCGUGGAUCACUUGCAGUUUCUCACUGCCUAG